AUGGGAACUGCGCUGUGAUUAUAUUCUGCAUCAGAUGUCACUUCAGCUCAUUUUCGGGGAAGAAAAGAAUCAAGUUGACUUUGAACUCUUUAACUGGAGCAAAAGCGGCUGCGUCUGUUUUCUGCGAGCAGCUGAAAGGGGGAAAUGAGCUCCUCGUACAGCAGCCUUACUGACAGUAAUGGCUCAAACAAAAGGACCACCUGCGUAACACUAGUUGUGAUUUUGGCCUGCCUGACGGUCGUGGGGAUUUUGCUCGCCAUCGCUGUGCUGGAGAGACCACCGCCCCCCAAAGAUCAUGACACGUUACCAGAGGACGCUGAUUGGGGUAAUUUCUCUAUCGAUCAGUGCAGCAUGGCCCUUGUGGAGAGCAUUCCCGAACAAAUGAAAUACAAAGACAACGUAACAUUCGGGAUCCCUCUGGAACGGGUCUGGAACGAUCUUAUCUCGGUGGCAACAAACCAAGUGGAUGUGGUGUCUUUCUACUGGACGUUAACUGGGGAAGACAUCAAUGUCAACUCUUCCUCGGAUGUGCCUGGAAGGAACAUCCUGAAAGAACUUCAAGAGUUGCCCUCCAGGAAUGUGACAGUCCGAGUGGUGACCAGCGUUCCCAGUGUCAAAACAAACUCCACAGAUUUAGAGAUCUUAAAACAAAAAGGAGUUCAUGUGAGGAAGGUGAACUUUGGCCGCCUUACAAGCGGCGUCCUCCACAGCAAGUUCUGGAUCGUUGAUAGGAGACACGUGUUUAUUGGAAGUGCCAACAUGGACUGGAGGGCUCUAACACAGGUGAAGGAACUAGGCGUGGUGAUCUACAACUGUUCCACUCUUGCGAAGGACCUCCAUAAGAUCUUCCAGUCCUACUGGGUGAUGGGACAAUCCAACAGCUCCUUGCCACAGCCAUGGCCUGCAAAGUAUGACACAAACAUCAACAAACACCACCCCCUGCUGGUGAAAGAGGAUAAUGUCACCAGCAGGCUGUAUGUGGCAGCUUCUCCACCACCUUUCUGUCCUCCAUCGAGGACUCAAGACCUGGAUGCUAUUCUCUCCAUCAUCUAUGAGGCUCAACAAUAUAUUGAUGUAGCUGUCAUGGAGUACUUCCCCACCACGCGCUUUGACAAGCCUCAGAGAUACUGGCCGGUCAUUGAGGAUGCCAUUAAGACGGCCGCAUUCGAGAGGAGAGUAAAUAUCAGGAUGCUGAUCAGCUGUGGGCGGGAUUCUGAUCCAGACAUGCUGCCGUUUCUUCAGUCUCUAGCCUCACUCGACUCUUCUCAGCAGCAUAUCAGCAUCCAGAUAAAACUGUACAUCGUGCCUGUUGCAAACCAGUCCGAUAUCCCAUUUUCCAGAGUCAACCACAAUAAAUACAUGGUGACUGAUAAAGUAGCCUAUAUUGGUACCUCUAACUGGUCAGGAGACUACUUUCUCACCACAGCUGGAGUGGGCCUGGUGGUUUACCAGCAUGCAUUUCAACCUGAAUUGAAGAACGAGACCCUGCACAGCCAGCUGAAGGCAGUAUUUGACAGAGAUUGGCAUUCAGAGUUCGCUGUGCUCCUGGAUGACCUGGGGCACCACCCAGACUGUUCACUAUCAAGAUGACUGAAGCUCUGUUAUGACUCUUAAGUGCAUUUCAUGACAUUCAAACCCCUGUUGGGACACGCUGUCAUUUCCUGUUUUUAUGUGACCUUUUUUUGAUGAGGUAGUUGCGAAGAAGGAUAUUUUUAAAUGAAUCCGUCACAUGUGUUGACUAACAUACCAAAUGUGUCAUGUGCACAAGUGAUCAUCCAGUGUUGAGCUGGCUGUUACCGCACAGUAAUUAAGUACAUUUUAAUGUUUUGCUUAAUACGUGAACAUCCAUGAGAUUUUUUUAUUCACUCUCUCGCUGAUUGAAUGGGGGUGGCCUUUGCCACAGCCCGCUGUAAUACUGACUUUAACAGUAACAUUGAUCAAAACAGCUCUGCAAAACCGUAUGUACACCUGGUGGUCCGAUCAGGUAGGGCAAGUCAUCAAAGUGGCUGAGAAAUCCGCUGACUUUUGCCAACAUAGUAAUAUUGGUUUAACAUGCUUACACAACCCCGGAGUCACAGACAAAGCCAGUGAAAACUGCAGCCGUGCAGUAAGAAUCUCAUCUUUGUUUCUGAUGUGUUACAUGGAUGAUCCCCCCCUGUGUGCUUGUGUCUGGAAUUGUUCAGUUUGUUGGUUGAUUUUUGAAUUAGUUUGCACUGUAUAUGUUUGCACCCCACGUGUUACAUGUGCUGGUAGAUGUGGGGUGCAAAACUGUGAAGCCUUCCUUUAUGGGGAAGAGAUCUUGAACUGUAGGAUAACUUCCCCUGGGGUACUGCUUGGAGUGCUGUGAGGCAGUUGUUUGCAUAAAGAAAAGUCUAAUAAAGAUAUUG